AGAAGUACUCUGUCUCCGUGUUGCGCAAUGGGCCUGACCGCAGGCGUGGUGGUAGCCCAGAUCUGCAGCCUACAGUCGCUUUUCGGGGGGGCAGAUCGGUGGCACAUCCUUUUUUGCGGUCCUUUUUUGCGCUGCUGGUACUGCUCUGCUAUGCCCAAUUCCGGUGUUAUCCCGAGAGCCCCAAGUGGCUUUACAUAGUCAAGGUCCGCAAGGAGGAGGCCAGACAACAGCUCCAGCAGUUGCGGGGCUAUUCCUCGGACAGCGCGGCUCUGCAGGCGGAGCUAAACGAAAUGGAGCUGGAGGCAUCGGCCAAGGUGGAGGCUAGUGGAUUCAUGGAAGUGCUGCGCAAUCCCCGUCUGCGCCUUCCACUCAUCAUUGUUUGCGCGUUUCUUGGUGGCCAGCAGCUGUCGGGUAUCAAUGCGAUAUUCUUCUAUUCUGUCUCCGUAUUCCGUAAGGCAGGGCUGUCUACGCAGGCGGCGGAGUGGGCCAAUCUGGGUGCUGGAUCCCUCAAUCUGGCCACAUCGAUGGUGGGUCCGGUCCUGUUGAAGCGCGUGAAUCGUCGCCCGCUGAUGCUCUUCUCCACCUUCUUCUGCGCCGUAUGCCUAUUUCUCUUCGCCAUGAUGCUCUACUUCAUUGUGAGUGGCCUUCGAAUCCCCGAGUCUCGGAACUAAUGUGUGCGGUUCUUUCAG